AUGCUUCCACACAGAGUUUACACUCAGGCUAAGGCAGUGUCAGAGCGACUCUCAUGCGCCGCGCCUCAUAACAGCGACGACAGUAGGACAUCGUUUUUCCCUUCCCUGUGCCGAGUUGGUGUCUUGGAUGCUAUGGGCGAUGGUGGGAGUGGGAAGACUCUGCAAGAGAUCGAUGCCGGAGCCAACGCUUGCAGCGUGGAGUGGUGUCCUACAGCCGGGUUGGAACACUACGUUUCUUGCGCUACCUACUCGCUAGCCAGCGACGACACCCCACAGGACGCCGCUGCUCCCAUGGGUAGCGAGGAUGACACGGACACCCGUGCCGGUGCCGCGCAGACGAGAACAGGGAGCAUCGUGCUCCACAAGGUCAACGCUUGUAAAUAUCGCUUCACCAAAAGCUUGAAGUACCUAAUGGUCAUGCGCGUGCCGGAGCUGGUUGUAUCGGAUUCCACCCUCCUCAAAGAGCUGGUUGCAACAGAGAACAGAGAUGUUGCACCGCCGAAUGAGGCUGGUCAAGACACCGCACCCAGUUCCAGUGCGCGUCUUGAAGAAGCCGCUAGCGUGUCGCUUGACGGGGGAGUGUUGGACUCGAAGUGGUCUCCACAGCCCUUGACAGACAGCAGCGGGGCAGCCGUGCUGGCCUGCGCCACAUCUACGGGCCGCCUUGUCCUUUACACGCUGUGUGCACCCCGUGCUGGCACGCAGGAGGAGCAGGAGGCAUCGGCAGAGGGUACAGAGUUGCGUCAACUUUCGUGUAGUGACAAGAAGGACAACUUGCUUUUGUCUCUGGACUGGAGCGGGGGGGGAAUGGCAAACGCUAAGAUAGUGGUGAGCCAGUCCGACGGGGCAGUGGCCAUCUGGCGGUUGCAUCCAAACGGUGGCGCCCCCAUUCAAGAAAUAGAGCCGUGGCAUGCCCAUGCGCUACGAGGGGGGGCGCCGACAGAGGCAUGGAUUUCGUUUUUUCGACGACCAGAGUGUGCAGGGGAGGACGGGGCCUCGUUCGUAGUAUCAGGAGCCGACGAUGCUGUCAUGAAAGGGUGGGAUCUACGGGCGGGUGGAGGUUCGAACGGAACUUCGCCGGCGUUCGUUUGCAAAGGCCAGCACGGGGCGGGCGUGACGGCGGGGCAAUGGCAUCCUACUCUUCCGCACGUCUUUACCAGCGGGAGCUACGAUGAGAGCGUGCGGAUCUGGGAUGCAAGAACCAUUCGCGAACCCGUGUCGUGCACCCCAACGGGGGGGGGCUUGUGGCGAUUGAAGUGGCACCCAGAUCCCGACCGAGGACAUCUUCUCCUUGCCGCCUGCAUGCACGCGGGGAUGCGUGUCUUGGACACGGGGAUAGGCAUAAGUCAUCCCCUGGGGCACGGGUCGCAAUCUAGCUUGGCCGGGAACGGGGAAGUCGAAGUGCCGAAGGGGAUAGUGGCAAAAUACACACGACAUGCUUCGAUGGCGUACGGUGCGGAUUGGUGCCUUUUGCCGACGAUGCUGCGAAGUCGCAGGGCGGUGAUCGCGAGCUGUUCCUUCUACGAUAGUCUAUUUUGCCUUUGGCAGACGCCCCCGUUGUGGGCCCAAUAGGUCCAUAGACGUGACGAUAGCAUCGCGUACUAUGCAUACAUGGAGAGUUGGAAGCAAACUGAGAAUGGAACACAUGUUUUCCGUGAAACAUGUUCGUGUUCCUCUGGAUGCCUCAUACUGCUGGGGUGACUACAUUUCAGCCAGAACAGAUAUACCGCCAUUAGCGAGGCGCCUGGCCUUUAGUCUACAUUUGUAUAUUUUUAAUGGUCUUGGCAUCGCUUGCCACCCCUGCUGGAGUCACGGUUGUUGGCUGUCGUCUGUCCCAUGUGUUCAAUGCCCAUCAAGUUGGCAAGUCAUCGUGAGUGAGGGGAAAGUGCUU